AUGUUAGCUUCAACUUUUCUACGUGUUCGAUCUCAGGAUUUGCUACGAAGGUUCUCCCAAACUAGAAUUGGGCUGAGCCAUCACCGUGGCUUCAGUGUUGCAGCAGGGAGCAAAGCCCAAGAAACAGUACAGAAGCGGAAUUUCAAAAAGGUCAUGGUGGCGAAUAGAGGAGAAAUUGCUAUUCGAGUGUUUCGCGCUCUAACUGAGUUGAACAAAACUUCUGUGGCUAUAUUUUCUGAGCAGGCAAGUUUAUACGAAUAUGAUAAGAACUCACUGCAUCGGCUCAAAGCAGAUGAAGCCUAUCUUGUUGGUAAAGGUUUACCACCAGUUGCCGCGUAUUUGGCUAUCCCAAACAUCAUUGAAGUUGCAUGCGAAAAUGAAGUUGAUGCUAUCCACCCUGGCUAUGGUUUUCUUUCCGAGAGAGCGGAUUUUGCUAAGGCGUGUGAAGAAGCAGGCAUUGUUUUCAUUGGCCCAAAUCCUGAUGUUAUUGCUCGUAUGGGCGACAAGGUCGCUGCUAGGGAAGCUGCAAUUGAAGCUGGUGUUCAAAUUGUUCCUGGUACUCCAGGACCGGUAACCAAUGUCACAGAAGCUGUUGAAUUUGUUAAGCAGCAUGGAUGUCCCGUCAUUCUAAAAGCCGCUUUUGGUGGCGGUGGACGUGGUAUGCGCCGAGUAGAUAAGGAAGAAGAUGUAGAAACAUCAUUUCAAAGAGCGUUCUCAGAGGCACAGGCUUCAUUUGGGGAUGGGUCGUUGUUUGUUGAAAAGUUUAUUGAACGUCCGAGACAUAUUGAGGUCCAGAUAUUCGGUAACAACUCAGAAGCUGUUAACUUUAAAAAUAGAGAUUUUUUGAAUGAUUUUUAUUGCUGCAGAAGUGACAAAUACGGCAAUCAGGUACACUUAUACGAGCGUGACUGCUCAGUUCAGAGACGUCACCAGAAGUUGGUUGAAAUCGCACCUGCUCCAGCAUUAGCUCCUGAAACCCGUGAUAAAAUUUUGGCUGAUGCUCUUCGGAUUGCAAAACAUGUAGGGUACCAGAGCGCAGGUACGGUCGAGUUUCUUCUCGACCAAAAAGGCAGCUACUAUUUUAUUGAAGUGAAUGCUAGAUUACAAGUAGAGCACACUGUGUCUGAAGAAAUAACGGGAGUUGAUCUUGUGCAAGCGCAAAUUUUGGUCGCCGAAGGUAAGACUCUGGAAGAUAUCAAAAUUUCACAGGACCAAAUCAAAGUGAACGGAUGCGCGAUUCAGUGUAGAGUAACUACUGAGGACCCGGCUCGUAACUUCCAGCCAGAUUCCGGACGUAUUGAAGUUUUCCGGAGUGGUGAAGGUAUGGGAAUCAGGCUGGAUUCAGCGUCGACGUAUGCGGGGUCGGUAAUAUCGCCCCAUUAUGACUCCCUUCUCGUCAAAGUCAUCGCUCGAGCUCGGGACCAUCCAUGUGCUGCAGCAAAAAUGGUUCGUGCUCUUCAGGAGUUUAGGAUUCGUGGUGUCAAGGCAAGUUUAAAGGAAAAUUUAAAAAAAAUAAAUAGACGUUUUAUGAUGUUUUUCGUCCUUCAUUUAUUUGUUCAUAUCGUAUUUCAGACAAACAUUCCUUUUCUCUUAAACGUUUUACAACAACCAAAAUUUUUGGACUCGUCUGUUGACACAUAUUUUAUCGAUGAGCAUCCGGAACUUUUUCAAUUUAAACCAAGUCAAAAUCGCGCACAAAAACUUUUGAAUUACAUAGCCGAAGUCCAAGUAAACGGUCCGACAACACCUCUAGCAACACAGCUGCAGCCGGCAAAUGUGAAAGCACCUGUUCCGGUAACACCAGCCAGACAAUCACCACCAUACGGAUUACGCGAUGUGUUUCUCAAAGAUGGGCCUGAAGGAUUUUCUAAAGCAGUUCGUAACAAUAAGGGGUGCCUUAUAACAGACACAACAUUUCGUGAUGCUCAUCAGAGCCUGCUGGCCACCAGGGUUCGUACGUAUGACCUCACCAGAAUCGCUCCUUUUGUAUCACACUCAUUGCCUAACUUAUUUUCAAUGGAAAACUGGGGUGGUAGGUUUCUUAAGACGUUUGAUUAUCAAUGUGUUUGUCUCUUAAAUGUCAUAUUUUAA